AUGAUUGCUACAACAGCUGCCGCCAACCCUGUUGCCGUUCAGGAGUUCAGUGCCGACGACCACCCAUCGACCGUGACCGAAGUCAUCACCUCAAGCGCCCAUUUCAAGAACUACUAUCUAAGCCUUGUAGACGCCAAGGUCGCCGCCUCCAGUUACGGCUUCGACAACGGCUUCGGCGCCGAUUGCUCCGGCAUAGCCAACGGCGGCGAUUUUGUAAACUACACUUGGACCGGGGGCGCUACGGGCGCUAUCGUGAAGUCUAGAUGGGCCGAUCCCAACAUCUUCAUUAUCUACGUCUAUCCAUACCCGAACGCCCGAUCCGGACAAAAUAUUGUCAGCAAGGCAAUUGUGACCAGUGAAGGCACCACGACAUUUUGUACAUACUUGCACAACGUUUCCUUGAACCCAUCACUUGCUAUUCACGCACGGCCUAUCUCAGACAUGGAUGGACACAAGAUCAAGAAGAAGAAUGUGAAAAGUCCAUCAAUCCGAGGUAAUCAGUCUGGAAAGGCGGUCGAAUUUGAACAAUGGAGUGUUGUGUCACGAGCCACGUUCGAGGUCGCGCCCCUUUCGCCACCAAACAAAACCGAUGAACGGGUGACGGGAACGUGGGCCACCUCAAAUUUGACACUCGCAAGUCUCUUGGCCGGCCACUCGGGUAGGUGGCAAGAAAAAGAUCGCUUACGAAGGAGGGAAACAAAGUCGUUUGGGUCGUUUUGGUUCGAUCCUCGGGCAGAAGAUGAAAUCCUCCAGCGUGUCCUCGUCUCCCCUCAACCCGUCCUCCUCAGACAGCCGCACGGUCGUCUUACAGCUUCAACUGCUGCCGCAUCCGCCGACCGAGUGUGUCCUGUUGUCUGUUAUGUUGUGGGCGAAGAGACAGGAGGGGACAUAGCGGCGACAAGAUGCAUGUUGCCGCUCAUCGAGGCCGAGCGCCCACCGCCCAGACCUCUGCUGCCAAACGCAAGAUACGCUUUGCUUGCGCAGGGCCAAGACACGGCCGAAGACGUCUACUGCCUCGACUAA